GACCAUGACGCCGAUAACAUGCUCUAGAUAAUAAAGACCAAUUUUUUAAGUAGUUUCGUUCAUUAGUUGUCGCUGGUUCGAGAGGAGGUUUUUUUUUAAUACCCCCGAUUUUCCUCGGUGCAGCCCCUUUGUGCUUGGUUCCUGGCGGCGAAUUUGUAGCCGAAAUUUCUAAGACAUUUUAAGUGAAGGAAAAGGAUGGCGGAGAGGGGGCGAGUCCGGUCCUUUAAUUAAAAAAAACAAACAAACAAACAUGCAAUUGCUCUCUGAUUAAGCCCCCUUUAUGCAACAUGGACAGAGCAUGACAACCCACACCUUAGGCUGAGCUUGCAAUAAGGAUGUCGAGCAGAUUAGACCGGCUGUUCCUGCUGCUGGAGACGGGAGGCUCUGGCGUUACUCGGCAGGCGGCGGCACAGCAGCUGGGGGAGGUGGUUCGCCUGCAUCCCCACGAUCUUAACUACCUCCUGAGUCGCGUCCACGUGUACCUGAGCUCUAAGUCAUGGGAAACAAGAAUAGCCGCGGGUCUUGCAGUCGAGGCCAUAGUGAGCAACAUUCCGCAGUGGAAUCCACAGCCUGUGAAGAGAGAGUAUGUUGAUGAGGAAAUGUGCAAGCCAGUAGCAGGCCGGCUGUCACUGGGCGCUUUUAACAUCGGCCAUGUCCUGCAGAAAGGGUCAUACCUCAUGGCUGCCGACGAGAAGCAGUUUGAGGCAGAGGAUGAAAAUAUUCCCAUGGAUCCUGUGGAGCGUAUUAAUUGCCAGCGGAAGUUAGUGAAUCAGAGACUCGGCCUAGAUGUUGCAGAAGUCAUUGGGGUUGACACUCAGAAUCUAUUUACAAAUGAAGAUUUAACAGACUCGCAUCAAGGGGGAAUUACCUCACACAAUGGCCAGGAAAAAGAUGCAGUUGCGGAUAUAAUAAGAAAGGAGAUGAAAUCUGCAGGUUUACCCUUAAGCUCCAGGGAAAUGAAUAGGGCUCGGCGGAAAGCCAAGUUGUUGGCAAGACAGAAGUCGAUGGAUGUGUCUGAAUGUACCAGUGACGAGGGACCAGAGAAGAAGCGCAUGCGUCUGGCAAGUUCGGUGACUACGGAUCAAGCAGGAAGCGACGAUGAGGAAAGGAUGGUGGUUGAUGAAGGACCUGUGGGAAUGUAUCCAGGAGAGGAGGGAACUGAGUGGCCCUUGGAUUCCUUUUGUGAGCUUCUUGCAACAGACUUGUUCAGUGCCUCUUGGGAGGUGCGACAUGGAGCUGCAACAGGGCUCAGGCAAAUCAUUAAAGUACACGGAAGAGGUGGGGGGAAGGCUACUUAUCAUACUAAAGAACAAAUGGAACAGUAUCACCAAGCCUGGCUAGAGGACAUGGCUGUGCGUUUGGUCUGUGUCUUGGCUCUAGACCGCUUUGGUGAUUUUGUCUCGGAUCAAGUUGUGGCGCCUGUGAGGGAGACAUGUGCACAAGCUCUGGGUGGAAUCUUGCACUUACUCUCAGAGGGGGGUGUCUUUGGUGUCCUUAGCUUGCUGGAAACAAUGUUGUCGUGGAAGGAAUGGGAGGCUCGCCAUGGGGGAUUACUUGGCCUCAAGUACCUCUUGGCUGUUAGAGAUGACCUCAGGUCGCAGCUCCUCACUCAUGCAUAUCCGCACAUAUACAAAGGCUUAGUGGAUGAGAUGGAUGACGUGGUGGCUGUGGCUGCAUCUUGCCUGGUGCCUGUGUCUGACAGCGUUGUCUUGCUGCUGGACCGAAAAGUAGUUACAAAGCUGGUGGCUACAUUGUGGGAUUCGCUUCUUGACAUAGAUGACUUAACUUCCUCGACCAACUCCAUAUUACUGCUUUUAUCAAAACUUCUUUCCCAUUUAAGUAGUGAUGCCAGCAUGCAAAGUGACCUGAAAGAACUGGCUCCAAGGCUUUGGCCAUUUCUUUACCACUCGAGUAGUUCUGUGCGAGGAUCUGCCCUUGCAACUUUAGCCACCCUCACAUCAGCCUCACACAAUGCAAAGGUUAAAGGAGAAAAUCAAGAAGUGGAAGCACAAGUUGAUAUUAAACAAGAAAACUCAUCAAACUGUUAUGAAAAAGUGACAGCCAAAGUGGAGGAAAUGGCAAUGGAAGAACGUUCAGAGGCAGAAGGAAGUAGUAAGAUAGAUAGUAAACAAGAAAGCACAAAUUCUCAUGACAGUGCAACAGCCAAAGUGGAGGAGAAGUCGCCGGAGGCAGAGGAAAAUAUCAGCAAAGAUGAUAAGAUGUUGGUAGACGAGGAGAAACAAGAUGACAAGGAAGUCCCUCCCUCAGAUGAUCAGGAGAUGAAAAAGGAUGAGAGUAGCAGUCAAAAUGAGCCAACAGAACAGGGAAAGCAAAAAGAGGAGGAAAUGGAAAAAGAAAAGGAGGAAGUGAAAAAUGAACCUGAAAAUAAUGAAGCAGAUGUCAAAUUUCCUCAAGAGGAUACGAAAUGUGGGGAUUAUCUGGAUUGGCUAAACCCCAUCAUCCAACCAGCUCUCACUCACAUUUAUCAGAGAGCGUUGUUAGAAACCUCUGAAGAAAAUAUUGAAUUUGUUUUCAAGAUAUGGGAGCAGAUGCUGGCAAGGACGAGCCUUGAGAGCUUGCUGCCAGCUGUGUGUCCUAUGAUUGCUUCUUGGCUCUGCCUCAUGAUGGCCAACCCCAAGGUUCCACUUGAGCCAACACUCUUACUAAUUGCUCAUCAUAAUAAGUCAGGUGAGGGGAAGCGAUUGCGUGUCGGCGCCCUGAGUGAUCCAGCAGAAAAAGCUGAAGCCAAAUAUUACCUGGGAGGUUGUGAACAGUAUAAUGAUCCUUGUGAGAAACAAUCUGUGGUUGUGAGGGCCAGAUGUGCUGCUGCAAGACUCCUAGGUUGCCUUUCAAACUAUGUGAUUAAGCCCAUGCCAGGGAUAGUAUACCCUCCCGAGGAAACUCCUGUUCUAUGCUACAUUCGCCUUCUUAUUGCACAUCUCAGCUCUCGUUCGGCAGUGCAGCGACUUGCAGCAGGGGCUGUGGUUAGGGAAUGGGCAUCAAUAUAUGCCAACCAAGAGUGCCAUUCACUCCUUCAGAAUGCUCUACAUUCAUGUCUGAUGGAGGUUGUCUACUAUGAUGAAAUUGCUUUGUCUUUUACAAGAUUACAGCAGGAAACACGUGACUUCAUGGCUAUGCUAAGACAUUAUAAGCUUCCUUUAGAUGAGGCCUUCAUAAAUGCUCCAGUAUUAACCUUAGAACAGAUUCAGAAUCUCAGCGGGCAUGUAGCUUUAACAUUAUUUAGCGGAGGACGCCUUAGACCCAAAGUUUAUAGUACACUGGAGGAGCGACGAAAAGCUAUUCAAAAUAAUGUGUCGCAAACCUCAACAGACCAGAUAAGCUUAUCUACAACGACUCAGGCAAUAAUCUCUGGCGCUGUAGUGAGGUUUCGGAUUUUACCACCCAAGCUCAACCCCAUUAUUAAGCCUCUCAUGGACAGCAUCAAGAAGGAAAAGAUCGAACAAUUGCAGGCUUUAGCAGCAAGGGACCUUACCAAACUGCUGGAGCUGUGUAUGGACCGACAAACCAACCCAAAUGGCAAAGUGAUCAAGAAUCUUGCUUCUUUUCUCUGUGUAGAUCAGGAAUUUACUCCUAAAAUUCCUCAUGAGGAAACCAAGAACACAGGAGAUGCCAAUAAACAAAAAGGAAUUUUGAGCUUGUCAUCACAGCUAAAGAAUGCAGAGCGCCAGCUUCUGAGGCGAACUUCAUCAAUUACAGGACGAGGCCCAGGAAGACCGCCGGCCAAUGCAAAGAAAGAAGACCCUAGUGAGGUUACUGAGGCGAUCUUAGACUCGGAGAAUCAACAGCUAGCAGAAAUUCAACGGAGAGGAUGCACAACUGCCCUGACACAUGUUGCUCAGUACUUUGGUGCUGAACUGCCAACCAAAGUUCCUCAGCUGUGGGAUCUUAUGUGUAGUCCAUUCAUUGCACCUCCCCAGAAUGAGGUUACUGUGAAGGAUUCACAGGAGGCAGUGCACCAGCUGCAGCUCCUGGAGGUUGUGGUACCAACACUACAUCCUAAGUUGGUUGCAGAGUUCGAGACAAAGUUAGAGCUGUUUGAGCACUGGCUCUACCAUCCAUACAGUGAAGUGCGCCACAUGACAACUCGAGUGAUGGGCUCCCUUGCCACUGUGCUGACUGUGCCUGUAAUGACCUAUGUGGUGGAGCAGGUUGUGCCAGCGCUGACUGCCAUCGAUAAUGAUAACAAGCGACAAGGAGCUGUUGAAUGCAUAUUUGCUGUCAUUGAUCGUUUGGGAUUUGAUGUUGUGCCUUACAUUGUUCUCCUUAUUGUGCCUUUAUUAGGUCGUAUGAGUGACCAAGACAAUAGUGUCCGCCUCAUGGCCACACAUUGUUUUGCAACUCUCAUCCGAUUACUGCCUCUUGAGGGGGGUGUGCCAGACCCUCCCAAUCUGAGUGAUGUCCUCUUACAGCAGAAGCGAAGAGAAAGGGAGUUCCUCGAGAGACUGCUUGAUCCAUCCAAAAUUGAGAAUUACAAUGUUCCCUUGCCUAUUAAUGCAGAGUUGAGGUCAUACCAACAAAGUGGAGUGAACUGGCUUUAUUUCCUGAACCAAUACAGACUUCAUGGAAUCCUGUGUGAUGACAUGGGUCUUGGCAAGACUUUGCAGUCAAUCUGCAUUCUAGCAGGUGAUCACUUCAGCAAAAGAAAGGAAUAUCAGAAGUCGGGCCAGAAGGGAAGUAAACCCCUCCAAUCCCUGGUGGUUUGCCCUCCGACCCUCACAGGACAUUGGGUCUAUGAGGUUGAGAAGUUUGUCAAGAGGAAAUACUUGAAUCCACUACACUACUUUGGCCCUCCAGCAGAGAGAUACAAACUAAGGAGGUUCUUCCCUGACCACAACCUGAUAGUAGCAUCUUAUGACAUAGUAAGAAAUGAGAUUGAUUUCUUCUCACAAAUUAAGUGGAAUUACGUGAUUCUCGAUGAGGGUCAUGUUAUAAAAAAUGGAAAAACAAAGUCUUCAAAAGCCAUUAAGCAACUUGUGGCCCACCAUCGGCUGAUUCUAUCCGGCACCCCCAUACAAAACAACGUCCUAGAACUGUGGUCACUCUUCGAUUUCUUGAUGCCUGGAUUCUUGGGCACAGAACGGCAGUUUAUGGCCCGCUAUGCCAAACCAAUCCUUCAGUCACGGGAUGCCAAGAGCUCAAGCAAGGAGCAAGAAGCGGGUGUUCUGGCUAUGGAGGCACUUCACAGGCAGGUCCUUCCUUUCCUACUGCGGCGAGUCAAGGAAGAUGUCCUGAAGGAUUUGCCUCCCAAGAUUACUCAGGAUUAUUACUGUGAUCUAAGUCCUUUGCAACAACAGUUGUAUGAGGACUUUGCUCGUACACAAGCCAACCAGGAUAUUAAUGAUGCACUUAGAAGUACUGACCAAGAGAAGGAAGUUGGAAACAAGCCCCAUAGUCAUAUAUUCCAGGCACUCCAGUAUUUGAGAAAAGUGUGCAACCACCCGAAGCUCGUACUAAAGCCACAACAUCCCGAGUACGAGCGGGUAACAGCCCAGCUCAAGGAAUGCAGCUCUUCUCUGUCAGAUGUAACACAUUCUGCAAAAUUGCCUGCUCUCAAACAGUUGCUUCUGGAUUGUGGCAUUGGUACUGGUGGAGGAACAGAGACUGAAGUUGUUGUGUCACCCCAUCGGGCGCUUAUUUUCUGUCAGCUGAAGGGCAUGCUAGACAUAAUUGAAGACGAUUUAUUAAAGCGACACUUGCCAAGUGUGACGUACUUGAGGCUCGAUGGCUCAGUCCCUGCAGGAUCCAGACAUGCCCUUGUGCAACGGUUCAAUGCCGAUCCCUCCAUCGAUCUGCUGCUGCUCACAACACAAGUGGGAGGGCUAGGACUCAAUCUGAUAGGGGCAGAUACCGUAAUUUUUGUCGAGCACGACUGGAACCCCAUGCGGGACCUACAGGCCAUGGAUCGCGCUCAUCGAAUUGGCCAAAAACGCGUUGUCAACGUUUACCGCCUUAUCACGAGAGGAACCCUUGAGGAGAAGAUUAUGGGAUUGCAGAAAUUUAAGAUGAUGACAGCAAACACAGUGAUCAGCCAUGAGAAUUCUAGUCUGCUUAGCAUGGCCACGAAUCAGCUGCUAGAUCUGUUCACUCUGGAUUCUGGUGGCAAGGCUGAGGCACAAAACAGAGGUGAUGACACAGGUAGCACUCAGGGGCUUGGGGUUGGCUGCACAGGAGCAAAAGCAGUGCUGGAGAAUCUGCCAGAGCUUUGGGACGAAGACCAAUAUCAAAGUGAAUAUGAACUCACAGCAUUUAUGCAAUCCCUUAAAAAGUAAUGUGAAUAAGACAGCCAAGUCUUGUAUGCUUUGUAAAGUAUUUUAUGAAAUGGGUCAUGCAAAAAACAGUAUUUUUUCCAGGGAGUUUUUUUUCUCUUCAAAUUUUAGUAGCUGUAGGUAUUCCAGAGGGCAAUAAUAAACAAUGUUGAUAGCUGUAUCUUUCAUUUGUACAUUGUGAUACAAUGUAAUACACUAAACCAGUCAUUCCAUGAUAAAUCUUUUACUUUUUUUUAUUGCGAUAAAGAUUAUAUUUUGUAAGCUUUGGUGUUGCAAAUGUACAUACUAUAUAGUUAAAAUUGCAUGGUGUUAAUCUACCACAAGACAAAUUUUGGGCUCCUAAAAAGAUCUAUAUAAAAAUAAGGCAGUUUAAACUGUCAAAACAAAGACCUUACUUUCAGUAUUACAGUUUUGUAAUGCAUAAUUUUUCACAAACUCUUCUGUAACCCAAAUUUUGAUGUCAAUUAUGGUUGUCAGUAUACAUCAUAAGUGCGAGUAGUUCCUUCCACUGGACAGUCAUUUUCUGAUUUCAAUAAGUUAGCUUUGCCUAUCAACUGACAUUGUUAUUUGAUUCUUUAUACCUCUUUCUUUUAUGAUUAAGUUUACUUUUUUUCUCUAGUGGUGUCAUUAUUUUUUACUUUAACAUAUUUUGGCCAAUUAUUUUUUGAUAUUUCAUUGGUUUUGAUGCCACACGUGACAACACUUUAUGUGAUAUAAUGUGGCUAUACACCCAUUUAGGCUACACAUUUGUUACAAGACUGGCCAAGGACACUUGUAAGCUUCCAUUCCAUUGCAGAGUAUAUGGGAAAGCUGUCUUAUAUCCUGGGUUCCACUUCUCAGGCACUGCCCCAGUAUCAGAAGUAUAUGCCUAGUAUAGCUUCAAAAUUUUAACUACAUAAUAUUUAACAAAUGUUUAAAAUGAUCAUAGAUUAGACUAAAGCAGAUCUGGUUACAGAAUGUUCCAGGUCUGUCUCCCUAAUUUCCUUAGAAAGCAUUUACUAGGCAUAGCCAAAAUUUGAGUAAUGACUGAUUUUAAUUUGGUUCCAGAGUAAAAAAAAGAGGCUAGUGGAACCCUGGCUUUAAUGUAAUAAGCUGUUCAUCUGUCCGUUUGUGUUUGUGGAAUGCGUGCAUCUUUUAUGACCUCCUUUGAGCCUUUCUUUAACUUGAACAAAAUGAGUUUGUCCAGAAUAUAGAAGUAUUGUAAGACUUCUUAGGUUAGUAUAUUCUUAUUUGGCUUCAAAAUUGCUCUCAAAUUUGCCUUGAUUUUUAUAAUCAAUCGGAUCUUGAAGUGACUUUAUAACCUUUCUAAACAAGCUCCUCCCAAGUGGAGGAUCCCAGAGUGCAUAAUUACUCCAUAGGGUGUUGAUGGCCCAUUAACCCUAUGGAUGGAGAUAGAAUUUGUAAAGAUAAUUUAUACUCCCUGGUCCAACAACCAGCUAAGCCGGUGCUCUGGCUGAUGAUGGGAAGUUAUCCAGGACACCCAAGAUGACAAUGGCAACAAACCAACUGACACAGUGAAAAAAUGGAAACUGGUGUACUUUCAUGAACAAUGACAGGAGAGAUAUCAUAUCCAAAGGCUUAAUGGAGCCACCUCGGAAAGCACGCUCUGUUCCCUUUUGGAGCUGGCUUUCACUGGUCUAUAUUCUUUUGACUCUAAAAUUAAGAGAAGUUACCCUUUCUGUGAAAUGACAGUACUUUGUAAUGCAGGAGAGUGUAUAACAAAAUAUGAAUAUCACAUAACCAUCCUUACAUCAGCUAGAUGUUAUAAUGUACAGUCUAGAUUUAUUGAGAUGGUCUCAAUAUAGGCUCAUACUUUACUUUAUUUCUUAUAUGACAUGUGCAUUGAUUUUGCUAGACAAUUUUUAAAACAUUUGUUGUGAUACACAGUUCUUUAAAAUUUGCCACAUUUUUAGAUUGUGAUGAAAAUUAGGAAAAAAAAAAGUAAUUUGACAGUAUUUUAAAAUGUUUACUUCACUGCAUCAUCUGUUGUCUGUGGGGUUUCUUCUUUUGGAGAUGUACGUUGGAACUGGAGGAUGCAGCUGAGUAGGAGGCUGAACUUCCAGGGGAGGUAGUAUGUUCAAAUAUUAUAAAUUACAACAGUAUGUUAUACCCAUAUACCUGUCUUAUGUAAAAUUAUUUACAUCUUGUGAUUUGGCAGACAGCUCACUAACAGUAUAUGAUGUUUCUGUAUAAAAAAGAAAAAUGUUUAUAUAAAGCAUACAUUGUAUGAAAUUAUUGGUAAUCUCAAUUAAAAAGUUUUCUACAUAAAA